GCAGCCGCUGUGGCUCGAUCCCCGAGGGAGGCCGACCGCCGCUGCAGCCUUAGCGCUGGUGCUCUGCCGAGGGCCAGAGGGCCUGCCCAGGCCAGAUCGGAGGACCAUGGCGUUCUCGUGCACGGCCUACAAUGUGUGCUUCUUCCUGUACGUCUUCUCCGUGCCCGCGUUCCUACAGUACCUGGUGCACGCGCCAUCGACGUUCAACAACAUGCCCUUCCAUCCGGUGCCGCUGCAGACGCUCCAGGGGAAGGUCGCCAGCGUGAACAUGAGCAACCCCCCUCAGACGAUGGAGGCGGGCGUCAACCACUGCAAGCCCUGCUACGAGGACCAGUACCACAAGAUGGGCAUGUAUCAGUGGGACAUCAUGCUCCGCAUGUCCUACGCGGAUCUCGUGGCACAGACCCGUGAGCAGCCCGUCAGCACCAUGUACCCCGUCAUCCUCGCGUCGAACGACUUCAAGAACUGGCGGGUCGUCGCGGACGCGGACGACGUGUCUGGCGACCACACGGAGGAAGAGAUCACGAAGAAGGAGACCAAGCAGACCACACACAUCAGCCCUCCCCUGCUGAUCGCCAAGCUGAAGCCGUUCGGCUGCGUCGACAACGAGACCGGCACCACCGACCCCUUCAUGUGGUUCUCGGCGGCGGGGGGCGCGGUCGCGGACAAGUGGAAGCUGGUGGAGCACAUCUCCCAGCACGGGGCCGUGAAUCUGGUGGCGUGCGUCAUGCAGGGCUUCGGGAAGGUGAACAAGGUGCUCACCCACUACGCCCAGAACUGCAUCACGGAGGACACCAUGUCGUGCGUGCAGACGCCGCGCGAGGCGCUGGGCCAGUGCUACGCGCUCGGCUCCGCCUGCGGCCAGGCUUGCGGGUACUACUCGCCGGCGUCGGGGCACUGCUCGAACGGCGAGCUCGACCCCGAGCUCUUCCAGGGGCUCACCCGCAAGAGGGUCAACAUCAAGACGUCCCUAGGCGGAGGCGCCGCCAACUCCCUGGUCUACUGCGAGGAGCAUGGGUGCAAGACGGGGCUGCACUUCAAGGGCAUGUACGUCGAGGCCGAGAACCCCAACGACUUCGUCGUGGGCAGCGAGGACUCCAUGACAGGCGACUACUACACCGUCGUGUUCGCCAUGUCCGAAGUGGUCGACUCCAAGGCCAAGAUGUCCAACGUCAUCGGCGGCGGCGGCGAGGAGGAAGAGACGAUUGAGUUGGCCUCGCAUCACGGUGGCCAUCACCACUCGAAAUCCAAGGGCCGCCGGCUGGACGGCAGCGCCAAGUACGCGUGGCACAUCGCGUCCACGCCCAAUUUGACCAUGGGUGUCUUCAAGGACCACAGCUCCAACACCAUGCGCAUCCGCCCCGCCCGGGAGUCGUGUUACACGCAGCCGGGCUUCACCUACAUGGUUGCCUGCAUGACCGCGAAGCCCGUCUUCACGAGCGGGGAGAUGAUGGACACCGCGGGCCCACCCUUCAACGACCGCUGCCUCGCAGUGGGCGGCAUCUGCGGGGCGGCGUGCGGCUCGGGCGAGACGCUGGACGAGGACGCGCUGAAGUACUGCCCGCUGCAGCGGGAGCGCAGGCUGGGGCUCGCCGACGACUCCCCCUACGCGUCCGUGAGCAUUCCGAUGGAGUCGCUGGUGUCCCCAAUCGAGCCGCGCAAGUCGGCGACCACAAAGUCCCCGGCCGCGGCGUUCUUCUUCUUCGGCUUCGUCUUCUUCGUGACGAUAUCCUACUUGGCCACGCUUCUGAGCAAGUUCCCGGGAAACUUCACAGACUUCUACCCCAUGCACACGUGGGACGAGAUCAAGACGCACGGCUACGUACUGGAGAAGUAUGGCUGCGCCGUGGCGUUCGGUGUCUCCGCUGGGGAGGACAAGAUGAUCGUCUUCCGCAACUGGGUCGGGAAGAUCGCGUCGCGGCCAGAGUUCGACGACGCGGCGUUCCCCACGUUCAGGAGGUGGGUCGACAUCUUCGCGGACGAGGGCCACCGCGAGGGCGCUCGGCUCCUCUGGCUCGCCUGGUCGGACUUCCUGGACACCAGCCCGCCGCUGGCCUUCCUGGAGGAGUGGUCGAGCAACCUCCGGGACAUGUCCUGGGAGCAGGCGCACUCGAGGUCGCCCUUCGACAUCGCAUGGCAGGAUGGCAAGCUGCGCAAGGUGCUCCCCGUGGUGGCCCACCAGGCCGUGUCCUUCGUGAGGACCGCGGGCGAGGAGGUGCCGGAGGGCGGCGUGGAGCUGCAGCAGGACUCGCUCGCGCGGCUGCAAGACCUUGCCGAGAUGUACAAGCAGCUCCCCAGCAACCUGAAGAUGGAGCCCUCCCUCAGCAAGAAGGACGACUGCGUCCUGACGCGCGAGGUACGCCUGGGCCUGCAGUCGGACAACCAGAGGAACCGCUCCAGCUUCUUCACCGUCAAGUACAGCAAGAACUGGAAGGAGGAGGCCGAGGCGAAGAUCAGGGAACGCGCCCAGUCAGCCACCCACAUCAGGUCCGUCGAUGCGUACAAGAAGCUCCUGGUGGUGUCGGACAAGAAGGGGCAGAGUGUGGACUACGAGACCCUCAAGGGCGACGCCGCCGAGUCCAGGUUCCCGCUGCUGUUCCGCGAGCCCUUGGCACACCGUGACCGCAAGGUGAUCAUGAUCUACAUGGCCCGCGCCAAGCCCGAGGGUGAACGCCGGGGCAUCGAGAGGACCCGCAACCUCGACAAGUACUUGUGGGCCUGCCUCAGGCCCAGCGCCGUGCAGCCGUACACCGGCGAGGGCGGCACGCGUCGGGAGUUCAGGCGCAGGCGCCAGACGGACGGCGAGAAGCAGCCCUUGCUCAAGACGGAGGGGGGCGUGCCGGACAGGUUUGGCGAGGUCCGCAAGAUGGUUCACGGCGUGGUGGAGCGGCAGCAGGUUAAGUUCCUGGAGGCCCUCGGCGAGUCUAACGGCGGCGGCAGCAACGGCGCCAAGAAGGGCAUUCGCGGUCAUCGGGAGCUCGCGGAGGCGUACCUGAAGUACCGCCGCGUGGAGUCCGACUGGGAGAUGGGCCGCUUCUGCUACGGCGAGAUCGUCGGGGAAGACGUGGACCUAGACAACGAGGAGGUGCUCAUCCUCGACAACCCCUCGCCCGCGCUGCUGGAGCUCGUCAGCAGCGACGCGGCGGGCGGCGGCGGCGAGGCCUCCAAGGGCAUGGGCCUGGUGGCGCUGCAGAACACGAAGGAGACCAGCUGGUGCAUGACUCGCGACGUGGUGCGCGUCGCGUACUCGACCAAGCACAGCCUGGAGUUCGUGUUCUCCCCCCUCGAGGACGACUGCGAGUACAAGUCCCAGGCCUUCGCCAAGGCCCUUCGCCACGAGCUCGGCAAGCUGCUCCGCGACCCGAACCAGGACGUGUCCCGCGUGCAGAUCGCGCAGACGCACCAGGGCAUGGACAUCUUCGCGGACGUCACUGGGCCCGCAGCGGUGAUCGAAGAGAUCCGUGAUCGCGUCGAUGGCAAUCUGAUGGUUGGGAAGUUCCAGGGGCGUCUCAUGGACAGCCACCCCACCGUGCUCGUGAAGAAGCGCCUGCUGAUGCCGUACAUCGGCGUGCGGGGCAAGGGCGGGGGCCUGAAUUUCGCGGUCGACAUGCUGCAGUUCCGGGACGGCUUCAUCGGCACGGGCGCGGAGCAGGACCCCAUCCCCCAGCGCAUGUUGUUCGGCAUUUUCGACGCCCGCCACUUGGCCCACUCCGACUUCUGGCGCAUGGUGUUGCCCAAGUUCAUGCAGAACAGUGACGUCGGGUUCACCUACGAGGCAAACCGCAACAUCGCCAUGGUCCAGGCGCCCCAGCACUUCGCUGGCCUGUCGGCGGAGAGCGACGUGCUGGACAUCCUUAACGGCGCGGCCUUCAACAUCAUGAACGUCAUCCGAAAUCGUUGCGGCGGUGUCACGUCUUGCGGCACUAACGCGGUCUGGCAGGUCGACGCGGCCGACUUCAGCCGGCAGUUGGACGACCAGGUGCUGGACGAGUAUUUUGAGUCGCGCACAAAGAUCGAGGACACGGCGACCACGCACCAGCACUUCUGCAGGGGCAAGCGCAGCGUGUACGUGCACGAGACCGUGUGCACCGGCAUCGCCAAGGUGAACGCGGACUACCUCGGCGCCGUGCAGCGCUGGGCCGAGGGCGCCGUGCAGCUGUUCUGGGUCCAGCUCUUCGUGGACAGGACGUGGCAGCUCGUGCUCUUCGGCUGGUGCUGCCUGGCCUAUCUUGGCUUCCACUUCUGGCUGCUGUACGGUUCGUGGACCAAGCCCUACCUCGGCUACAACAUCUUCUGCGACGCCCAGGGCGAGUCGACCGUCAUGCUCGGGCCGGACAGCGAGAUCUGCCGGGCCAUCUACCACGGGUUUUCGGUGUUCCUGGGGCACAACAUCGACAGGGUGGUCUACAAGAUGGCCGAGCAGCAGUACAUGUUGAUGAUCGACAUCUCGGGGUCCAUUGUGAGCGGAGUUGGGCCGGGCGGGAGAAUCGUCGUUGUCUCACUUGGCCUUCCUCCGAACAUCACCCUGACGUGGCUCGUGAUAUGCUGCGUGCUGGUUUUCGUCACGAUCUACCUCUCCAUGUCCGGCGUCAUGCCGAAGAUCGUCCGCAUCUUCAUCAUGACAGAGAACAUCACCUACUUCUGGACGUCCCUGGGCACCUUCUUCUGGCUUGCCCUGACCGUCUUCAUGGUGAUCAGCUCCACGCCGCCGCUGAUGUUCAACGUGAGCCACUUUGCGCUCUACGUGCUCUCCAUCAGGAUAGCGGAGCACGGCAUGCUGAGCUUUUACAAGAACCUCGGCGAGAGCAAUGAGCUUUCCAUCUGGCGCGGCCAGCAGUCGUACAUGAUCUCCGCGCCAUUGUACGUCAUGUCGAUCGUCCAGGGCACGCUGGCUGCCUGGGGCAUCUACUCGCGGGGGAGCGACAAGUCGUUCUGGAGCUCCAGCGACCAUGGCUCGGAUGUCAUCCGCAUCGCGACGAUCUGGGUAACUUUUAUUUGGGUGAUGCUCUUCUUCUGCAUCGCCUUCACUGCAGUGAUGGCGACGCGCUACGACCUCUUCCACGAGGUGCAGGACAAGUUCGAGAGGCAAUGCCAGAUCUGCGCCUGCUGGAUGAUGGCCCUGAUGGCCAUCACUGUCUGGGAGCCCCUUUGCAACUUCUGGGGCCUCGAGAAGAGCAUCGACGCCCUCGCCAAGGACGAGAGCCGCACGUUUGUCAGGUGGUGGGCCAGCCUCAACGUCUGGUGGCGCAGCCGCGCGUGGAUGCUGCGCUACGUCAUCGACUUCGGGCUGCCGGUGAUGAUCCUGUCGGGAGUGACCGGCUCGAUGCCCCUGAUCACCGUCGUCCUGCAGGGCAUGCGCACGUCGUAGGGCGCGCGGGGCGGCCCUCGCGCAGGCCCAUGGCCUGGCAGCGGCGUGGCAGCGGCGCGGUUUGGCCCGGGCCCGCGCGCUCUGGGCGGGGAGCGGCGCGGCCUCGAGGUCGCCCGGGCGUGGUCUGCCCCAGGGCGCGAGCGUCGGCAGAGCUCGCCAGGGCACUCGCCUCGAGGCUCGAGGUUGCGAACCCCGCGGCUUCCGUGCGCGCGCGCUGUAUUCGGAGGUACCUCCGGAGCCUCGAGCUCCGCCGUCAGUGCACCCACGAGUGGCCCAAGAGGGACCGACCUGCGCCAUGCAACAUGGAGGUGCCGCGUCGGGUUUCCAGGCCGCGUUCCUGAUGAACGCUGCGCCUUCCUUCGGUCGUGAAUUAGAGCACGCUCGCAGGGGUCACGAUGAUGGUUCCUCGAGCUUCUGCCCAAUCUCUAGUCUUUCCGUUUUCCUUUGAAUUUGUGGGGGAGUGCCCCCCCGCAGGAAUUAGCAGAUGUGCUCUAAUACGAGCUACCGGUAUUGCAAGCUGCGCAAGCCGUGCAACUAAUUGGAGUCUCCGAUGUUUGCUUUGCAAGCCCACGUGUGGAAUCCAUCAGCGAGUGCAGGCACUGUCGCCACCAGUGAAGGAGGAGACGGCGAUCCCGAGAUCCCCGACGGCGCCGGGGCCGUCUGGCUUCUGCGGGAGCUCUUUGGACCGAGGCCCUUGCAGAGCAGUGCCGAUCCUCCCGCCACCUCGCUGCACCGCGCACCGUCCCCUGCGUCAACCACCUUGCGUAUCGAAGUGGGGCUGCCGAGAGUCCUCAAAGCAGGCCUGGAAGUUAGUGUUGAGCCUCCGCCAUGGGCUGCGCUUCCCCAACCUUUUCGCAGCGAUGGGUGCGCGGCAUUCCCAGCAGUACGACCCCGCCGACGGUUGGCGGGUUCGACU